ACCCGGAGACAGCUGGGAGCGCAUGGCUGCGUCCCCAGCCGGCCUGGUGGAGCUGGGCUUCGCCGAGGAGGCGCCCGCAUGGAGGCUGCGCAGCGAGCAGUUUCCCAGCAAAGUGGGCGGCCGGCCCGCGUGGCUGGGCCUGGCGGAGCUGCCGGGACCCCGGGCGCUGGCGUGCGCGCGCUGCGGCCGUCCGCUCGCCUUCCUGCUGCAGGUGUACGCCCCGCUGCCGGGCCGGGACGACGCCUUCCACCGCAGCCUCUUCCUCUUCUGCUGUCGGGAGCCGCCGUGCUGCGCCGGCCUGCGAGUUUUUCGUAAUCAGCUACCAAGGAAAAAUGAGUUUUACUCUUAUGAGCCACCUUCUGAGACGGGAGCUUCGGAUACAGUGGACUGUGUGUGCCUCCAGCUUAAGUCUGGAGCCCACCUCUGCAGGGUCUGUGGUUGCCUGGGUCCCAUGACAUGCUCUCGCUGCAAACAGGCACAUUACUGCAGUAAGGAGCAUCAGACGUUAGACUGGCGGCUGGGCCACAAGCAGGCCUGUACACAGUUGGACCAUUUAGACCAUACAGUUCCAGACCACAACUUCCUGUUUCCAGAAUUUGAAAUUGUAACAGAAACAGAAGAUGAGAUUUUGCCUGAGGCUGUGGAAAUGGAAGAUUAUUCUGACAUUGUAGGAAGCAUGGGGGGAACACCCGAGGAAGAACUAGAUUCCAUGGCAAAGCAUGAAUCCAAGGAAGAUCACAUUUUCCAAAAAUUUAAAUCCAAAAUAGCCCAGGAACCUGAGCAGAUUCUCAGGUAUGGAAGAGGUAUUCAACCCAUUUGGAUUUCUGGUGAAAAUAUCCCUCAAGAAAAAGAUAUUCCAGAUUGCCCUUGUGGUGCCAAGAGGAUAUUUGAAUUCCAAGUCAUGCCCCAGCUGCUGAACCACCUCAAGGCAGACAGACUGGGCACAAGUGUGGACUGGGGCAUCUUGGCUAUCUUCACCUGUGCUGAGAGCUGUAGCCUGGGCACUGGCUACACAGAGGAGUUUGUGUGGAAACAGGAUGUGACCGAUACACCCUGAUAAGGAUUAAAUGCUUUAGAAUGUUCCUUACGAGCCAGGUGUGGUGGUACAAGCCUGUAAUCCCAGCAGAGGCAGGCAGAUCUCUGUGAGUCUGAGGCCAUGCCUUAGUACCUCACAAUUUCAUCUCUAGGACUUUUAUCCUAAGAAAGCAGUUACCAAAGACAGAAGUAUGAAGAUACUGCUUUGUACACUAUUUAUAAAGUCUUGUGUAUUACAAAACAAAGUAUCCAAUGUCAGGGAAUUAAAUUUUAGAUAUACCCACAACGAAGGGCAAUGCUAAAAACAUGCAUGGACACCAAGAGGGGUAUAAAUUAACACAAGGAUAUCACUGAUGAUGUUCAUGGUAUGUUGUUAAUUGUAUUGAAAUAGCUGUGUACACAUUAGAAAUAAAUAUGCUGGAUUGUUCA